AUGAACCGAUUCGUUGCUGCCCUCCGUCCCCUAUCGCGUUCUGUCGUGCGUUCGCCAUUCGUGGUUUCCCGCACGAUGCCUAUGCGAUUCUUUAGCGCACAGACUUUUUUGGAUCGCAACGAAGUGAGUGAGCGCGUUUUAAGUGUUGUCAAGAACUUUGAAAAGGUGAACGGAGACGCUGUUAAAGAGAGUGCCAAGUUUCAGGAAGAUUUGGGCUUGGAUUCACUUGAUGUAGUGGAGGUCGUCAUGGCUAUGGAGGAAGAAUUUACUGUCGAAAUUCCUGACAACGAAGCGGAAAAGCUACUCACGCCCGCGCAAGUAAUCGACUAUAUCGCUGCCCACCCUAUGGCCAAGUAA